AUCAGGGAUGUGUCCUGUGCGCGCACCUGGAGCCGCCGGAGACAUGCAGAGGCAACACAUUUUAGCCUGUUUCCACACUGUUUUAUGAUACUGAGCCGCUGUGGACCUGAGAUUGAUUCCUGUGAUGGGGAGGAUCGCAUGGAGCUUCGGUGCCGUGACCCUGCUGGCCAUCAUUAGCUCAUGUCGUGCCGUCACUCUGGAGUCCAUCCACUGGAGCAGCUCCAACACAAAAUUUAGUCCAGGUCAGGGUCUGAUCCUGUACCCUCAGAUCGGAGACAAGAUGGACAUCGUGUGUCCCCGGGCAGAUGCUUCCUUGGGGGAGAAGGAGGAGUUCUACCGAGUGUACCUGGUCUCCAGAAGUCAGAUGGAGACCUGCACCAUUGACAAGACCGACACGCCCCUGCUGAACUGUGACAAGCCCCACCGGGAUGUAAAGUUCACCUUCAAGUUCCAGGAGUUCAGCCCCAACCUGUGGGGUCUGGAGUUCCUCAAGGGGAAGGACUAUUACAUCACCUCCACCUCUGCAGGCUCUCUGCAGGGUCUGGAUAAUACUAAUGGAGGGGUGUGUAAAACCAAAUCCAUGAAGCUGGUGCUGAGAGUCGGCCAGAACUCUUCAGAUCCACCUUCAACCCUCCAGGAGUCCCCCACCAGAUUCCCACCCACACGACCAAAGUCCAAGGACCCCUCUGCAAAGGAAAAGGAUAUAACAGACAAAACUGACUCGGGCUCAGAAACAGGACAAACAAACCCCAGUGGCAGCGGUGGCGGCUCGGAGCCAGGACUGCUCAUGUGGGUUGUCUCUGGCGGUGCAAUCCUCCUUCUGGUCAUCAUAAUUCUGCUAGUCGUGCUGUGGAGGAACCGUCACCGACGCUGUGUCCCAGAUAGCCAGCAGUCCGCCUCCGUGUCCCUCAACACUUUGGCCGUGGCGAAGCGGGACAGCAUUGGCAGCGACAACAACGGCUCGGACCGCAGCGAUGUCGUGUUUCCUCUGCGGCCUUCUGACAGCAUGGUCUGCCGCCAUUAUGAGCGUGUGAGCAGCGACUACGGGCCCCCUGUGUACAUAGUUCAGGAGAUAACGCCCCAAAGUCCCACCAACAUCUACUACAAAGUCUAAUAUUUGCUGCUCUAAUGCCAGGCUUUGGCGGAUAAUCCUAAACUGUCGGAGACACACACACAGCACCUCCACUGCUUUAGUGUUUUAACCUUUUAGUGGGUGUAAGGAAAAGUCACUUGAGGGAUCAUACAUAGGCCUGAUCUGAGAGAACAGACCAUAUACUUCUCCUUGUUCUUGUGCCACAAGUGCACAAAAUGCUGUUUUCUUCUGAAGAGACAGUCAGAGAGGAAACUGAUGUGUUGGAGGAUGUCACUCAGCUGUGUUCAGUUUGUUUUGUGAAAUACGUUUUGAAGCGUGCAGCGAACACCAGUGGUUGGAUGUGUAUUUACUUAAGUACUGUAUGAAGGUACAACUCUGAGAUACUUUAGAGAAGUAUAUCCAUUUCAUGACACUUUAUACUUCCACUCAGCUCCACUUCAGAGGGAAAUAUUGUGAUUUUUACUCCGCUACAUUUAUACAGCAGCCACAGUUUAGACUUUACAUACAAAACUUUAGCAAUAUGAUGCACUGUAAGAAAUUACACUACACAACAGUCAACAAAUCUGAGCUUAAACAAUUAGUAAGGCUGCCCCUGACUAAGACUUUUCCUAAUCAACCAACACUCAUCAUUCAGGGCCAUUAGUCGACUAGUCGCCCGCAUGUUUACGAUAUUAAUUUAAUUAUUAAAUGAUAUAUUUUGGGCGGGGCAACACAAUGGUUUGAGUUGAAGGUGUGAGAAAGAAUAGUAUCAGUAACAUUGUUAACACUGUGCUACAUUACAGAGAAAUACAAAACCGUACUAAUGAACCUUCAUUAAUAUAGGCCUAUAUUUUAUCUACAAGUGCACGUCACACACUGAGCGAGCCGCCUGUUAAUGACACUGUGGGCAAAGCAGUAAUGAUUGCGCUAAGUGGCUAAUGGGCAUGUAGCUACUUCCAUGUUUCAGAUGAUACGUCAUGUUUGUAGUCGACCAAUGAAGAUGAGUUUACAUAUCACCUUGGGUUCAUCCUUCACCUUCUCAAAAUGAUCCCACACUUUGGAUUUCCUGCCCGACAUGUUAUUAACUAGCCUGUGGAAUAACCGCAGGUACCAGGUCUGUAAAUUAACACGUCUCCUGUCUGACUGCUGAGCGUGGACACUUCCUGUGUCUGUCCUUUCAAAUUAAAUUCCCACAUGGUCCAGUCAUAUAGGUUUUGAUUUAUUUUGACAAAGCACAGUUCCUGAUAGAGUUUCAGGGGUUUUUUUUGUUUGGUUUUUCUGUGACUAAGCAACCAAUGAAAUUUUGCAGACUAAUGACCUCUCUAGUCUCCUAUUAGGGGGCAGCCCUGUUGUAAACUAGUAAAAAGUUUGGACUGCAGUGUGCGUCCUCCCUCUGUGGUAGCUCUGUGUCGCUGUGUGUUCUUCCCACUGAAAAGCUCAAGGAAGCAGCUGUAAGCUGCAUUUUGUUGGAGGCGGUGAGGAUAACAUUUGUGUGGACAAUAUAACCACACAGCCACUCAGUAAUGGUGAGAUUUAUGACUGAUCAGAAGUGUUUGUAGUUAGUUUCCACCCCCAAUAAAGAUUAGCACACAGCCGCUUCCAUAAACUCUGUCUUGUCCACAGACGGGCCCAAACAGAGUAAAGCAAUAACGUAGUGCACAGCAGACUGAGAGGGCAGGUAGAGUUUUUUCUUGAAACAUCACAAAUUUAUUCCCAUUAAAGUAUUUUACUCUUGUAAUAUUUUAACUUUUCUCUCUAAAUAUUACAACUACAUAAAAAUAAAAAGCAAUGAGUGGCCAGCUCACUCAGUAAAAGUCCAUGGUACCGGCAGACAGUCCAAAAAAAUCAUCCGAGGCACUCUGACCGUAGUUAAAAAUCCUCUAUUAAUACAUGGAUAAACCAGCUAGAGAGUCUUCAUCAGGGUGUAAAAGAGACUCUCUAAUUGAAAUGUGUUGGUCAAUCCAUGUAUUAGUAAAGGAUUUUUUAACUGCAGUCAGAGUGCCUCGGAUGCUUUUUUUGGACUACCUGCCUGUACCAUGGACUUUUACACUCUGUGAGCUGGCCUUAGAGCUUUAACCCAGUGCAGCACUCCCUAUUUUUUCCUCAUUAUUACAGCUUUAUUCUCAACUUCUCAGAGAACACAGAUUUGUGGGAUAUGUUUUGAAUGUGCAGAUUUUUUUUAACAUGAACAGAGAUGUUAAUGAAACACAUAUGAACUGUUAAAGCUUGCUAAUUGAUUAAAAGGAGAUAAUGCAUCAUUGACAUGAAUAGGUGCCACAUUUAAAGAGGUUACUUCCCAAAAGAAAAGAGACAAGAUGGAAGAGUAAAUCAUAGCCUUUGUGCUUUGACAUAGCAGGGAUAACAAAAAUGAGGAAGGUUGAUGUACAGGAAAACAAAUACUUAAAGCAAUACAGAAUGCCUGAGAGCCUUACUGCAUUAUAUCCCAUUUAUAUUUUGAAUUCUGUGUUUUCCUUUACAUUAAUAAAGACAUUUCCACCUUAAAUUGGGGCACAAAAAUUCAACAGAAUGCAGAAAAUGAAGCAUUUGACACCUAAAACUUUGCAGGUGAGGACCCCAAGUCCACCCCACUUAAUGUUUCCCCCAAAUUUUGAAUCUAAAUCUGCGCCCUUGCAUAUCUGAUAUGAUGUGAUCAUAGCCUGUGACCUUCCUCAUGCUGCAGUUGUCCUAAGGCCUGCAUAGUAAUUGUUGUCAUCAGUCAUUUUCACCUUUAAUACACCAGAUAAGAGUUUUUAUCAUGAUUUAAUGUCAAGGCUGUUUUAGCAACUGAAGCCGUUGAGUAGCUCGGAGCUUUUUCAUCUACCGUCUCAAGGUUUAUAAAUGAUAACUUUGAGAUGAAUAUAAAAUUCAUCACUUUUUCUAUCUGUUGAAUUAAUGUCUUGUAUUUGAGGCUUUUGUUUUGGGGUUAGAUUCUCGGACAACAAUAGUCGCGGCUUAACAACCUUAACACAGUCGUUCCACUACCUAACAAGUCGUGACUUCUCCCCCAGAUGUAUUACAUCACAAGUUGGCACCAUCAAAGUCAGUGCUGUCGUCAUUUGAACAGCUGUGUUAAUGACACCCGUAAAAAAAUAGGGUUCACUCUCUAACUAGAUAACAGGCAGCUGGCACCGAGACAAAGGUGCCUUGAGGCUAAAUAUCAGAUGUCAGGUUACACUGGUGUUCCUGUACUUCAAGAAAAGAGUUCAAUUUGAUGUCUUAUGUGAUUAUUAUGGCUCCAUAUUAAAACAGUUAUCAGAGGACGGGACGGAAAGGGGCCAGAUGCUGAUGAUGAUGCCGGUGUCGUGAUGUUUACCCACAGCCAGACAGGUGUCAUCCUGCAGGCACUGCAAUGUGUCAGACCCUGUUGAACACCAUGUUUACUCACUAUCAUUAUGUUUGGGGGGUGAAUGCGUUAUUUGAAUAAUGAAAAAAGAAAAUUCCAAUACACGCAGCUCGGUUUGUCCCUGGCUGUAAUUUCCCUCAGAUGUUUUUUAAACCAUGUAUUUUUAAAAGAAAACUUCUUUUUUAUCACAACUUUAACAUUCAUAGCUUGUGUUGUUGGUUCAAUCUGUUGUAACAUUGUACUCACCCAAAGUAAUUGCUGAGAUCUUCUAGCGCAACAAUAUUGCUGAAAAUAGGUCAGACAUUGCAACAAAUGAUCAGACAGGUUGAAAACAAACCCCUGCUUUGGUAAAAGUUGUUUGAAAGAGAAAAUAAAGGCAAGCAAUAAGAUAAUUAUCAAGGCUGUCCAGUGUAGAUGUCAAUCACACUUUACAGACUGACUUCCUGGUUCAACUUUGACCCACCCUUCUUGCUGUAGUUGUGCACACUUUUCUUUGCAGUGAUUGCUGGCGACAUUGGCAAAUGAAUAAAGCUUCUGAUUUUCUCCCUGCUUCUAUUUGUUGCCCCAUUGGACCUGAUUUUUUUAGCAGUGUUCUCAGAUCUCAGCAGUUGUCUGGAUGAGACUUUUCCUUUAAGUUCAUCAGUUACUAGUUUGUACAUGAAUGUCUGUUUGAUGUAGUCAUAUAAUAACUCCAUGAAUUUACUUGAAGCCUGUUUUCCAGCAGAAUCCUGAGGCUUUGGGUUGUCAUCCAUCCUUUUUCCCCAACCGUCCUUUUACUGAAUAACUCUCCUUGACUCUGUCUGGGGGAUCUCAAAGUGUUUCCAGGCCUGCUGACAGAUGUAAUCCAGGAUUUCAUGUUUCCUUGUGACUUUAAAAUGAUUUCCUCUCCUGCGUAAAUCACUGCUUUUCCCUGGAAACCGUGAAUUCUCAACAUAACUGAAAUUUAAAAGGCAAAUGUUAGCAUAAUUAAUCAGAGAAUGGUGUAUAUUUCUGUUCCUACCUUUUUAAUAUAUAUUAGAUGACAUGUUGAUCUUUUUUUUUAAUAAAAUACUGAAAAAUAAAGAUUAUACAACAA